AUGGAAAAAGGACAGGAGCUAAAGAUAAAAAGGGGAUGUGUCUCAGAUGCUUUCACAAUAACCCUUGCAGUAAACUUCUGCUUCUCCUCUCAGGCAUUUCUGAGCAGGACUCUGGGGUGUCCUGCUUCAUCUCCCCACCUGAUGAACAAGGAGCUCAAGAUGUGGAUCAUGUGGGCUAUGCUGCUCUACCUGGCUGGAGGGCAGCCUGCCAGUGCCACACUCUGCAGGACCUACGGCACCAUCCCAGGCAUCCCAGGAUUACCAGGACAGCCUGGCAGCGAUGGCAGGGACGGGGAGAAUGGCCCGAAGGGUGAGCAAGGACCGUCUGGCCAGAGUGAAGAAUGGAGAGGGGAGCCGGGAGUCCCAGGAGCACCGGGACAGCCUGGGAAGGUUGGUCCCAUUGGCAUCCCAGGUACAACGGGCUUACCAGGUAGCAAGGGACUGCCUGGCCCCCCGGGAGAACCUGGUGACUACAAGCUCACCUUCAAGUCCGGGUUCUCGGCUGCCAGGAGCAUGAGCUCCUACCCCCGCCGGGAGCAGCCCAUCCGCUUUGAGCGCAUCCUCACCAACGAGCAGGGCCACUAUGAGAACCGCUACGGCCGCUUCACCUGCCGCGUGCCCGGCACCUACUACUUCACCUACCACGUCACCUCCCGGGGCAACCUGUGCCUCAACAUCAAAAAGGGCCAGGGUGCCAGCAGGGGCGAGAGGGUGGUGACCUUCUGUGACUACGUGCAUAACAGUUUCCAGGUCACCACGGGUGGCGUGGUCCUCAAGAUGGCCAUGAAUGAGUCUGUCUGGCUGGAACCAACAGAGAAGAACUCCUUGGUGGGGCUGGAAGGGUCUGACAGCAUUUUCUCUGGCUUCCUCAUCUUCCCUGAGGCUUAGCCCACUGGAGAUGUAUCUGUGGCCAAUCUCUGCAGUCUCUGCAGUGCUGAGGACUCCUCUGGAAACUCUUUGCUCCCAAAUUAGUGCUUGAAGCACACUGCUGCCAUUCUUGCGCAAUAAAUGACAGCUCU